AUGGGCCGGCAAGUCCUUCACAUCGACGACGCGGACGGGAACCAGUUGCACCGCAAGAGGGCGGUGCCGGAAUCGCCCCGUCCCGAGUCCGCGUCGUGGAACUUUCUCGCGGGCGCGCGAGGGACGCCGUCCGCGCCGUCGCCGACGCGACAGCUCGUGGACCCGAACGCGCCGCCGCCGUCGAGACCGAAGCCGUUCAAGCCCGGAUGGCGAUCGAAGAGGCACGAGCCCGCGAUAGACCCCGCGGCGGAGCGGCGCGAGCUCGAGCAGCGGCGCGCGGAGCGCGGCGAGGUCCGCGCGGGGAUCCGAUGCGAUUACCUCGUCCACAACGACACCAAGUGCGGCGUGGACCCGAUCACCGGGUACGUCCGCGAUCGACUGAAAGCGGUCAUCACGGACUACCCGCCGCGGGGUGGCCCGCGGAGCCUCCCGAUGCGCCCGCCGGAGACGGUGGAGAAGGAGCGGACGCGCGGGAACGUGCACUGGACGUACAAACAUCCCGACGAGGCGCGCGCGGCGCAGAAGCAGGCGCGUCCCAUCUCACACUGGUUCCCAUACGACCGCGUUCGCGUGGUGAACGCCGAUCCUUAA